CCUCCUCUCCCACCCUCCCCAGUUUCUAAUUGGAUUUCAUUACCAUUUCCUCUCAGUUUUUCCCAGCCGGACUCUCUGGUUGGGAGGAACGGCUUUCACUGGGUUCUUCUCUACGCACUCAAACAUCAGCAGCUGCAGCAGCUCCCAAAGACUUCACACUACAUCUUCUGCCCUGACACUGCAAUGACCUCACUCAGGCUGUUGCCCUUGUUGCACUCCCUCCUCCUCCUCCUCCUCCUCCAAAUCCAUUUUUCCAACCAGUUAGAAGACAACAAGAUCCCUCCCAGUCUGUGUACCGGUCACCCUGGCAUCCCGGGCACUCCUGGAGCUCACGGCGGUUCUGGUCAGCCAGGGAGAGACGGGAGGGACGGGAGAGAUGCUGCUCCGGGGGAGAAGGGACAGAAGGGGGACGGAGGAGACCCAGGUGAGACAGGAGUGCGAGGCCUGACGGGGGACAGAGGUAACCCAGGAGAGAAGGGAGAAAGGGGACAGGCGGGAGAGUGCGCAGUGGCCCCCAAAUCAGCCUUCAGCGUCAAACUAUCCGAGGGCCACACGAUACCCAUCACUGUGGGUAAUGUAGUCUGUUUUGACAAAGUCGUGCUCAAUGAGCAGGGUGACUACAACACAGAGACGGGACGCUUCACCUGCAAAGUGCCAGGAGUUUACUACUUUGCCGUGCACGCCACAGUCUACCGUGCCAGCCUCCAGUUUGACCUGAUGAAAAACGCCCACACAGUGGCAUCUUAUUUUCAGUAUUACGGCAACUGGCCCAAACCGGCGUCCCUGUCUGGCGGCUCCAUGCUCCACCUCAUCCCUGGUGACCAGGUGUGGGUCCAGAUGGCUCUGUCAGAGUACAAUGGAUUUUACUCCAGCACCAAAACAGACAGCACCUUCACCGGCUUCCUGGUGUACUCAGACUGGAAAAACUCUGCUGUGUUUGCAUGACACAUAUGAACAAAAAAAAAGUCAUAUCCCACUUUUGGGAAAUGAACCACAACCUGUUUUUCUUUAGCCUAUUUCAGUUUUCUAAUUGAGAAGUUCUGGAUAAAGACGAGUGAAUAGGCUGUGACUUGGUACAUCUGUAUUUGUGUAAUGAGUAUAAAACACACCAGACAAUGUUACUUGAAUGGCACAUACCGUACUGGUGAAGUGUGAGGUACACGCACUGUUGAUUCAGUGUCUGUUCCUCAGUCGGAGCCUUUAAUUCUUGUAACAGAUGUUGUGACAACGGCCUUCAGCCAACUCCAUUCAACCAGUUUUAUGCUAUUAUUGCACCUUGUUUCCAAGUGUCAAUAUCUGCACAGCAAACAUGUAAAAUGAAUAAAAACACACACGACUGACAUAUUUUUGGAAAUAAAUACCCAUUAACACUA